UCCGGGAGUGUUCCGCCGGGCAUUCGGGCCGCCGCGGGCUGAACCGAGCGGGGCUGCUAACAUGCUAGCCCGCUGGCUCAAGGAACAAUGUUUUAGCUAGCUCCGCGCUGGUUCCGAGAGAGAACCCGAACGCCAGUGACGUGCGGGUCAGGCGGUGGGGUUCUGCUGGGGAGAUGCGGGUCGGAACCGGCUAGCCUUUCAUUGGUUCGCAGACGGUGGUUGUAGAACAUGGUCAAAAGUUUCCGGGUCUCGGACCUGCAGACGCUGCUGGCUUCGAUGGGUCGCAGCAAAAGCGGGCUGAAGCAGGACCUGGUGGGGCGAGCGCUGCGGCUCGUGCAGACCGAGUACAGCCCAGAGCUGCUCAAAAACGUGCGGCAGCUGUACGAGUCGCGCUUCCCUAAGACGUCCGGGUGGUUGGCGGCGCGGCGCCCGGAGGGCGUCCCGGUGGCCUACUCGCCCCUCAGCUCUUCUCCCACCGCUUCUCAGGGCACAGACUACCUCAACGGCAUCUCCAAACCGCUCACGGCGCCGGCGGCGGAGGUCAAGCUGGUCCCACUGCCCUUCUACCAGACGCUAGAGACGCUGCUUCCGGCCACAGAGCUGAUCCCCCAGAACAAUGACAAACUGCAGGACAGUCAAUGCAUCUUUGAAUUAACCCCAAACCAAGCCGACCAGAUUCGAAAUGCCAGUGAGCUGCGGCCGGGAAUCCGCUCCAUCCAAGUGGUUCUCAGAAUCUGUUACUCAGACUCCAUCGGGGUUCAAGAGGACCAGUAUCCUCCCAACAUCGCUGUCAAAGUCAACCAGUCCUACUGUCACGUACCAGGAUAUUAUCCUUCCAACAAGCCCGGCGUGGAGCCGCGGCGUCCGUGUCGCCCCAUAAACAUCACUCCCUGGCUGCACCUGUCCAGCGUCACCAACAGAGUCACUAUCACCUGGGGGAACUUUGGCAAGCGGUACUCCGUGGCGGUGUAUCUGGUGAGAGCCUUCACAGCUGCUGACCUCUUCAACCAGCUGAAGCUCUGCUCUGUGGAGAGUGCUGAACGCUGCCGUGAACGCAUCCAAGACAAACUUCGCUUCGAUCCUGAGAGUGAAAUCGCAACCACGGGUCUCCGAGUGUCUCUCAUCUGUCCGCUGGUGAAGAUGCGCCUCGGCGUACCGUGCCGCGUUCUGACGUGCGCCCAUCUUCAGUGUUUCGACGCAGUCUUCUUCCUGCAGAUGAACGAGAAGAAGCCGACGUGGACCUGCCCCGUAUGUGACAAGCCGGCUCCCUUCGAGCUCCUGACCAUCGACGGGUUGUGUUCAGAGAUUCUGAAGCUGACGGGGGAAGACGUGGAGGAGAUCGAGUACCUGACGGACGGCUCCUGGCGGCCCAUCAGAGACGAUAAGGAGAAGGAGCGGGAACGAGAGCGCAGUAAAACCCCGGAAUACUCGGUGGUGGACAUAUGCGUUCCGGAGGCCAACGGUCACUCUCCGGCCCACAGCAGCACCAGCCUGACGGGCCGGCCCGGGAGCAGCUCCUCGUCGAUGGCCGCCGUCCCGGGAGCGCCUGCAGCGGGAGGCGUAGUGGUAGAUCUGACUCUGGACUCUUCCUCUGAGGAGGAAGGGGGCGGGGCUGGAGGAGAUAGCGAGGACACUGAGGACAGCGCCGACAGCCCCGCCCCCAAGAGGGGACGCUACAACUACGACAAGGACCUGGUCACGGCGUACUGACCUGCAGCUCUCCUGACAGACGGACGCAGAGGAGCACGGAGGAGGCCGGCAGGAGCCUGAUGCUCGCGGCGUGAGACUGCAGCGGCGUCAGGACACCAACGCAGCUUUCUGCAGGAGGAGGAGGUGCCUCCGUGCUCCACGAGGAGGAAGCUGCUCCUCCUGUUAGCUUGCAGUAACCCAUCCUGCUCCUGCUGUAAAGACUGAAGGGAUCUCCUGACUACUGCUGCCCCGCCCCUUAGUCUGCAGGCUCCUCCCCCUCACCAUCUCUUUGUACAGACUGUCCGCUGCCAUGGACCUUCAGUGUUUGCAUCACCUUCUUCUCAUGUCAGCGAUGGACAGGAAGUCAUAAACCGCCGCCUCAGCGCUUUGUUUUUGUUUGAAGAUAAAACAGGAAGUCUGAGGAGGUCAGCUGGAGGUCAGCCGGAGGUCAGCCUGUAUACGUCUGCUUCGUGAGGUGACGAGCACGACGUCUGGAGCUGUCCUUCGCCAGGUCCUCGCAUGGAGAAAACCUACCUCAACCCUCGGCGCUCGCAGACGGAUCAGAACCGCUCCGGAUAGCCGCGGAUCCUGAGACGCCUCCACACUGGACGCUUUUCAGACGCGGUUUAGGUUCUGGAGCUGCAGAAAUGGGUUCACGGGUUUUUAGUUCACUUCCUGUUGUGAUUGAAGUUCAGGAUGUGGUCGAGUUUCUGCUGGGCUCUGCAGACAUUUCUGGACAGGAAGUGAUGCGUGGAGCUGCGUGUUUGGGUCGUGGAGGAGGAGUUUGUGGGCGUCUCGGCAGGUUGGAGGCUCCGCUGCUCUGCAGCUGCAUUACGGCAUCACGACGCCGCGCUUUUUCAUGCAGCUGAGUCGCGGCGCCGUGCAGCUGCACGAAGCAGCACGGCGCCAUGAUUCAGCUGCAUCAUGGCGCCGUGCUGCUUCGUGCAGCUGCAGCUCUGCUUGUUGGACCUCCUGCAGUCCGGAUCAAACCUCUCACCGUCCACUAAACUCAGAACCGCCCACUCGGACCCCACUUUGCCCCGUCAGGAUGCAGAGGAGCCGGCAUCAGUCGGUCCGGCAGAUCCGAGGCUUGUUUUGCUCCAGAGCGAUUCCUCUGUUAGAAUCGCCGUUUGCACUUUCGUGGAGAAGCUUCUUCAGAUCCGUCUUAGAUGUACGUGUUUCCACUUCGUCCUGCACUUUAGGACCCGUUUCCACCCGCCGUGCGCUUCAGGUUCUGACAGUUUGAAACCCGAGCAGCGGUUGCACUCGUCCGGGACACGGUCUGGUCAUCAGCAUAUCCGUGCUGCGUUUGGACCAGAACUUCCUUCGCUCCACGACGGUAGAACAUGGACUUAUGGUUGGAAAAAGAAUCUGGAGUCGCAUCAAAUCUCGUCUUCCGGUUUGGACUGAGAACGUGGUGAAAGCUCUCGGAGCAUCACCUGAUCUUCACUCUGCUGGGGGGUCGGGGGGGCUGUUGUUUUCUUCUCUGCAGACCGUAGCAUGGCCGGCCGGAGGCUCCCAGUUCAUUAUGUACCGGUUUGGUUUUUAAAUGGAAAUCCUAUUUUAUUACGUCUGCUGGUUCUUCUGGUUAGCAGCAGCUCUGGACGCCGCAGAGACGGCUGGAGACGGACAUGUGGGGGCGAGUCUGUUCAGGACGACGAAACUGUAAAUUGUAUCCUAACAGCUGUUAUUGACGUGUUGAAUUAAUAAAAUCUGUUCUUAAAAACA